CUCCCCUGCUCUGACUCUUGCAGGAAGCUGAUGAAUAGGCAGCUGACUGAGGAGCACGAAGGGAAGAAAGACAGAUUUUCUGUUGCUGUUAUUGUGUGGAUCAGUGAUGUUACGACCCAAAGCUUUAACUCAGGUUUUAAGUCAGGCUAACACAGGAGGAGUGCAGAGUACACUCCUCCUGAAUAAUGAAGGAUCUCUGCUGGCCUACUCUGGUUAUGGCGAUACUGACGCAAGGGUCACAGCUGCUAUUGCCAGUAACAUUUGGGCAGCAUAUGAUAAAAAUGGUCAUCAAGCCUUCAAUGAGGACAACUUGAAAUUCAUCCUCAUGGACUGUAUGGAAGGCAGAGUUGCAAUAACAAGGGUAUCGAACCUUCUCCUUUGUAUGUAUGCAAAAGAGACCGUUGGCUUUGGGAUGCUGAAGGCCAAGGCCCUGGCCCUCGUUCAGUACCUGGAGGAACCACUUACUCAGGUUGCAGCUUCCUAGAAUACAGCAUCACUGCAGCAUGAUUGGAGGAGCGGGUGAAUUCUGGAAUGAAGAAAAAAAGGCUCAUACAAGAAAAGAACAGUUUGCACGUGAACAAUCUUGACUUUUGCCAUUGGCAGCAGUAACAUGUUGUUUACCACAGCUAAUCCUAAAGCUAAGGACAUUUAGCAAUUUUGUCUUUUUAUUCAGAAGGCUUAAUACAUUUUUGCAGAAAUGUUUUCCUGGGGCAGUGCCCUCAUCUUUUUUGUCCGUUUAGGAAAGUUUUGCAGCUCUUUCUUUUUGGGAUUUUGCUGGAGUUGUAAAUGCCAUUUUUCUGAAUCAGGAUCUUGGUCACUGGGCAUGGGGGGGGGAUCUGUUUUUACCUUGUUUUGCAUCCAGUCUAUACUUUGCCAGUGCUUCCUUCCACUCCAGCUUACACAUGCUUCGAACCUGUAAAGCAACAUUUUUGUUGGAAUUUUUGACAUCUCAGGAGAAACUAAAAGUUCUCUUUCUUGGCACCUUUAUUUCUGCAUGCUUCACACGCUUUUUUGUAUUCAACCUCCCAGUGCCACUUUGGUAAUCAUUUUAUGAGUUUUAUGAAACAUGUCCUUUGAAACUUUGUGCUUUAAUUAUGAGCAAUGUGUCUGGUGUUGUCCCCCUAGGUGGGAAUUUGGUAACAAGGUCAAAUAAUGAAGAGUCAGUGGAGGGGAUGUGGGGAUUUGGACUGACUCCCCCUGGAGGCAGUAAGUCUUCUUGCUGCAACACUGGCACUUUAAGACUGGAGGGAUGUAGGCCAGACUUUUACGGCCUUCUUCUACAUAUGUAUUUGAUGAUCUUUGUGGGAAUAUGUUCUGAGGAUGUGUGACAGAAGUUGUGACAUUUAGUAGAAUGAUCAUGUGUGCUGAUGAUCUGUCCUGUUGUUGUUGGUUGUUCUCUCAAGCUAGGUUCCCCCUACCUGCAUUUUUUUUUAAAUCUUUUCUCCAAGGUAGGAGAUUGUUUGGCAGCUUGAGAUUUAUGAAAAGCAGAGAGGUAGUUGCUACUGACAAAGGUUUAAAAGUUUUUCUCUCCUCAGGAUACAAGAUGCGUUCUAAAAGGAUCAUUCAAAGCAGUUGCACUAUGUAUUGCGUCUUAAUCUGAUCAUCAAGACAUUACUUUGCUGCUUUGAAAAGUACUGAAAUUAUUUUUGGUCAUCUCACAGAUGGCAAAACCCAUUUCUAGCCGCAUACUGUUAAUUGUUUUCUUUUUUUUAAUAAAAAAAAAAUGUAUUGUGAUUACAGUGCAAGAACAUAAGGGCAUAAAUGUCAUCUUAAAAUUUUAAAAUGAUUCAUAUCAUCCUUGUGUUUAUUACAAAUGCAGUGAAAAGAUAAAAAAUGUGAAAACAAUCAAAGUCCUUUUGUGCAGGAAAAUAAGAUAAAGUGGUGGGCCAUGCAAGUAUUUGACUUGAUUCUCCGAUCCAUUUGCUGCAUAGAAAUUGACAUUCUUCAGUCAGGCCUCAGUUUCCUCUCUGGAUUAGUGUGCCUUGAGCGAGAGCACUUCUGAAGGAGUCAUAGCUCAGUGGAUCUUAAGAUUGUGUAAAUGAGCAUCUUUUGCUGUUGGCUUCUCAGACAGAACUUUCAGAUAAAACAAUGCAUGUGGGAUUGGGGGGAUCCUUUGAAAGUAAUUGUGUGGAAUGAAAGUAAUUCUGACAAAAGGCAUUGAAAUUUCAGGUACCAGCUUAUGGUUUCAUACUCUGUGGUCCCAGAUUUUUUGAUGUCCCAUGUUUCUUAUAAACUGCAACAAUAAAAUAAAUGAUGUGUUUGUUGUUUUA